CAAUUCAAGAAGAUUUCUUUCUCUAUCUUUUAUUUUAUCUACUUUUAUAAAAUUAUCUUUUGUUAGUGAUACAUUGGUACCUAAAUAUAUAGUUUUAUUUGAUACCACGUAAAAUACCUUAUCUAAUUUAUAUCUAUCAUCCUUAUCUUUUAUAUAAGUUAAAUACAUAGAAUCGCAUGGAUCUAUUAUCUCUUCGGUUGUUUUUAGUGCCAAAAAUCUUUGAUUUACGCAUUCAUUGUGUUCUUCUGCAUAUAUUCUGUCUUCUUCAUUAUAAUAAUUUACUGCCAAAUUUCUAUAUAUAACAUCAGUAGGAUAAUAUAAUGCUAAAAAUAUAUCAUUUUCAUUUUCUAUUUUUAUUGAUUUUGUUGGGUACCUUGUCGAAUACAUUGUCUUUUCAUUUUUAUCUAAAUAUACAUAGUUUUCUAAUGUAAUAAAAUCUUUUUCUUUUCUUUUUACUUUUAUAUUUUUAUUUACGUUGUCAUAAUAUAUAAUUCUUUUAUGUUUUAAAUUCAAUCUUUCUUUAUUUUUACAGUAUAUUCUGAGCAUUUUAUUUUAGUGGUUAAAAAUCAAUUUUGUGUACUGGUUGAAAAUUUUUCCCCAUAAUUCCUCCCGGUGGCUUUUCGCAUUAUAUGGAGAUAGCCGAGAUAAUUUAAAGUUUUUCAAAAUUUCAUGCCUAGCAGCAUACUGAGCAGAAUCUUAUUUCUGCUCACUGAAAUCUUGAUGCAGUAUAGCCCUAACUCUCGUUUACCUUUCGAACGUGCAUGAAUUAUCAUUUUAGUACAAUUAACAACCAACACAAUGUUUCAAUUGCAGAGAAAUUAUAAGUUUUCAGAAGAACUGUAGGUACUAAUUUUGACUUAGUAUUAUGGCUGUUUUUUUAAUGUAUUCUAAUUGUAUAAGGAAGCUUGAACAAUCCAUGGGUUGGCUAAAUAAGGUACAGUUAUGAAUAUCAAUAAUUAUCUCAUUGAUGCUUCUGUACGUGAUUCCUUUUAGAAAGUAUGAGCUAAUGGAAUUACAUUUCAAAGUACAAGCAAGUGCUUAAAACUAAGUAAAUACAUCCAGGAACUUCCUGUUGUCUUUAUUAGAUCCAUACGCACACUCGCAAGCCAAGUCAGCUUGCUUAAAUCAAUAUAGAACAAUUGUGAAAAUGUGGCGUUGGAGAAAUAUCAAUUCCUGCACAAUGGGUGUUUAGAAAUUUAUUUUCGAAGAAAAAAACAAAAUUGUAUUUGCUUCGUUCACUAUCACCUACAUACAUACUAUGACAAUCAAAGUAGCAGUUGGCCAAUUAUGCUCAUCAUCCAAUCUCAGCCACAAUCUUCGCACUGUAGUUAAACUUCUUAAACUUGCACAAGCUCAUAAUUCACGAAUCCUUUUCCUUCCAGAAGCUACCGAUUACCUUCUGCGUAAUGCCACCCAUUCUAAACAACUUAGUCAUAAUGUUCAAUCUCAAUUUCUAACUCCAUUGCUAGAGCAAAUUAAAGAAUCAAAUGGAAAGACUUAUGUUUCUAUUGGGGUUCACUUGCCUGGACAAGAACGGGUGCGAAACAUGCAUUUAUUAAUCAAUCCGUAUGGUGAGAUCAUCUCUAGUUAUCAAAAGGUUCACCUCUUUGAUGUUGAUGUACCCAAUGGCCCCAUAUUAAAGGAACUGAAAUCAGUUGAGCCAGGGAAUGAAAUCGCAAAGCCAAUUGAUAUCGAUGGAUUCAAUAUUGGACUUGGAAUCUGCUACGAUAUACGAUUUCCGGAAUUUGCAUUAUCCUUGAGAGAAUCAGGGGCGCACGUGCUUACUUAUCCAAGUGCAUUUACGACAAGAACAGGCACAGAUCAUUGGGAGUUGCUUUCCAGAGGAAGGGCUGUAGAUACCCAAUGUUUUGUGAUCAAUGCAGCUCAAUGUGGUACUCAUGAUGUCAAUGCUGAUGGAGAACUGCAAGAUAGCGAUGUGAAACGAAUCAGCUAUGGUGAAUCAAUUAUUAUUGAUCCUUGGGGGAAAGUACUUUCAAGAGCAAAAAAAUAUACUGAUGAAUUAAUAAAAGAUGAGGAAGGUGACUACUAUGAUAUUAUCUAUGCGGAAUUAGACAUUGAUAGUUUGACUAAAGUUCGGAAGAAUAUGCCCGUUAUGCAGCAUAGAAAACCAUCCGUAUAUUCCGAAAAUUAGUAUAGAGAGUUUUGUAAAAUAGUCAUAACCAUACGUCAUUAAAUGAGUUUCUUUGCCUCUAUUAUGAUCAUACAAAGUACAGCCACCUUUAAGUUUUGUGUUAAAAUCUCGGACAUUUUGUUUGUGCACCACUGGUGACGUAUUUUCCGGCAGAUAAGCUGAUUGGAUCGAGAUAAAAAAAAAUAAAAAAAAAAAUAAAAAAAAAAGUCCCGUGACAAAAAAUCAGAUCAUUUCUUUCUCUACAAUGGUCUUAUAGUUU